CACAGUCCUACGCCUUCUUCUUCUUCUCCCAGGAAUUCUUUUCUGGAUGUAUACAUCGAAUAAAAAAAGCUCUACGCUGUUAUGCAUAGCUGAGCUCAGAACCGUCCGAUCUAGGGCUGACCAGUCUUCAAAUGCUUUAAUUGUAGCGUCAGAUUGCAGUGCAGGGUGUUGAUUUGGGUUAGAUAUGAUGGAUAUGUCAUGGCUCAGUUCCAUUAUAGUUGGGGCUGGCUGUCUCGCUUUGGGAUACAUCAUCGGUGCACGGCAUCCUGCUAGGAUAUUUUUUUUAGGCAGAUUAGCUAAAGACACUACCAUUGUUGAUGCAAACAAGAAGAAUCAGAUCAAACAACCUCUCGAGAUUGAAAAGCUGGCCGAAAUUAUUGAAGAUUUCAAAAUGGUUUUGGUUGUGAGGAAUGACUUAAAGAUGGGGAAAGGAAAGAUUGCUGCCCAGUGCAGUCAUGCGACUUUGGGUCUUUAUAAGAAACUCCUUCAUCGGGCACCAAAAUCUCUGAACAGAUGGGAAAUGUGUGGGCAGGUUAAAGUGGUUGUGAAAAUUGAAAGCGAGGAUGAUAUGCUAGUUUUACAGGAAAGGGCAAAAUCACUCAACAUACCAACCCAUAUCACAAUUGAUGCAGGAAGAACACAAAUUGCACCAAAUUCAAGGACAGUAAUGGCUGUUAUUGGUCCUGCAGACAUGGUUGACGAUGUAACAGGUGGAUUGAAGCUUUUGUAGUGUGGUUGCUUCAUUCAUGCUGGCGUUUUACCUUGCCCAUCUGGCCUUAAAUGGUAGAGAUUCUUUGGUGUCUCAGUUUUGCCUUGAGCAUUACAAAAUCCACUCUCGUGAAAGGAGAAGAGCCGUUAAAUCACUUUUACUAUGUUUGUGACGAUGAUGAUGAUGAAAAAUUUCUGUAUGGACUCAUUAUUGAUGAUGGAAUUGUACUUCCAAAUGCAUAAAUGAAUCAAAAGGGGGCAAUUUAUUUUCAA